AUGGACUGCGGGCUGUGGUGCGUGUUCAGCGAGCGACGUCGGCACGUUGAGCGCCUCUGGCGCCGGCGCCUUCUCGUCACCAGCGACGAGCGCCGUGCCCGCCGCAGGUUUCUGCGGUUGAUGCGCGGAUUUGACGCCGAGGACGUGGAGGUUAUCCGAAAGGCCGUGGAAUCCGGCGGUGUUGACUCCAAGGCGUGCGCUCCAGGACCACCAAUGGACGAGCGAAAUGAUGACGAUCAACCUGAAGAGGAUUCCGGUCUCAUUCCACAAAUCGAUCGACCUAUGAGCAUGCCAUAUUUAUGCUGCAAGUUGUGGCGAUGGAAAGACCUGCAGGUGGAUGCGGCUUUGCAUCGACUGGAAGCUCUCCCUUGGUGCCGAUUUGGGCGGGUGACGAUCAACAACGCGACGGUGUCGUGCUGUAACCCUUACCACUAUGCACUGUGGAUCCGUCCGGAGACGAGCAGCAACGACGAGGACUCUCUCAGAGACAACAGCCAACGGGAGCUGCCCAUGGGUAACGGACACGUCGUCUAUCGGUCGCAUAUGGUGACACCGGACGUGGACCUUUCAACUCAACUGCCUAAAGUGCUCUCUGUGGAUUAUCCUUCGAAUCCACUGCCUUCCAUCCCGCCGACACCACCUGAACCGGACGGUUCUCCGCCCGGUUCUUCCAACUCCUCCCCUGAGCACGUCAUGAUACACAGCCAUGCUGCUGCGUCGACUUUAGCAUGGGGCCGCAUGUCUCGAUGGGAUCGAAAGGAUCGGAUUGGUGAGCCAUUGCAGCUUACCGGUGCAUUCGCCGCUGUCGGCAUCCUCUCCCAAUCAGUGCACGAUGCUCAGCCAGUGUGCAGCGAAUGGGAUCUGCAAAAUGAGGUUUCGUUCGCUUUGAUACGACAGUCAGAGCCUCUUGGCUCUGAUGGCCCAGAAGACGUGUGGUUAUAUAAUAGUGGUACACGGCCUUUAUUUAUUUGUACGGCGUCAUCGUCAAAACCAGACACUUUGCGACUCUCACCUGGUUACUGUAUCCGAGUGCACAAAGGCGAGGCUACGGCUAGUGCGCCAGCUAGCGAACGGGCUGCCCACAUACAACGAAGAACAAACAGAGAUCCAGCGUUGUCACAUGGUAACCUAGUGAUAUCAGUGGGUGGAGGCUGGGGACCAAACUACAAUCGUCUAUACGUAACGGACAUCCCUUGCCGAUACGAGAUCUCUUUUUCAAUUUAA